AUGACUAUUACAAAUAAACCAAUGGAAAAAUUUAGUUAUGGUUUAGCACGUGUGCCAGUCUUAGCAGUCUUUAGCUCGACCGUGCUUGCGCAAUUAUUCUCGAUCUUUUUGUCGAAAGAAUCAUUCGAACACUUACUUUCACCCCAGCACCAAGGUACCCAUGAUACUACAGCGUCACACGAACAUGAUGUGACAACUGUAGGUAGCUGGCCAUAUUUCUUGGGUACAGUAGCAUCAUCUGUUGCUUUGCUAUUAUCCGCAUAUGCUUUGAAGAAUCAACCAUUCCAACAUGUCCUAACUUCGUCAAGCAGUUCAAGUUUGCAGGAACAUGCUGCAGAUAUUUGUCAUGCGAUAUGUUGGGUUGUACCCGGUUUAUCCCGUCUGCUACUACCCCGUAUUAACUCGCUGGUGUUGUUGGCAGCAGUAACUAGUACAAUGCUCCUGCUCUGUGAGCAUUUUAGAUGUAUUUCUGAGGCUUCAACCGUCGAGGGCGUGCUUGAGAUUCGUUCUCGUCACUUUUGGCAACUAGAUUUUGACCAACUGGUUGGGACAAUGGAUGUCCGAGUACGAAGAGAUGCAGAUGAGCAAAAUGUUCUAACUCUUGUUACUGACAAGAUGUCAUCCGUUGUUAAUAUUUUGACAGUACAGAUUGUCAAGGAUGCUGCGUGGCACACUGUUGAGGGAUUAAAUACUGAACGUGGACAUUUUCAUGGAGGCGAACAUACUCUUGGGCAUAGUCAUGGUCGUGAAGACAAUCGUGGUCAUUCCCAUAAUCAUAGUGGUGAAUUGCUUGCAGUUUCACCUGAGAUUCAAUGGGAACGGUUAAUAAUCUGCCACUUCACAGGUGAUGCUCACUCCCAUAAUGACAGUUGUUUUCACGGAAGCAAUCAUGGGCACUCUCACUGA